AUGAAACCCGACGACCACUUGCGCUCCACCCGCGCGAUGUACUUCCGCGCGUGUACCCGGGGCCUAUGCCCCGCGCCAGAUGAUGACCUGGCAGGCCAUGUCGUCCGCUACGACGGCCGCAUGAUCCCCAUCCACAAGGCAAAACAGCGAAUCAAGCCCCAGCGUGUGCCACGCUCAAUCACGUCCGAAAGGAAGCAGCGCGAGGACGGCUUCCGUCGCCGCUGGAAUGCCUGGGCCAAGAUGUGGGAUCACUCCAACUGGGAGCAGUGGCCCACUUCGCGUCAUCGUCCACGCGCCGGCGUGCGCAGGCCGACCGCCGAUCGCAUGAUGGCCAUCGCGGCUUCGACGUUCCUAGGAUUGGCUCAUAGCCAUAGUACUGCAGUGGUGAAGAAGUCUGCGCUCGUUGGCAUCGGGAACUGGCGACCCGUCCCGAGUCGCCUUAGAUACCAGUACAAGCCAUCCGACCAUCAGCUGGCUGAUGGGGCCAAGGAGACGCCGCAUCAGCGACGCACACCCAUGUCGAUCGACGACGUGGCCGAGUUUACGAUGCGCGUACCGCCAAUCUCGGCUUCGAGAGACCCCAUGUGGCAUCCGCAGCUCAUUGUCGAGAUGCCCCCCCCAAAGAUCGAGGCCCCUCCCAAGACCAAGCUUCCCAUGUCCCACGAGUCGAAGACGAGGCCAAUCAACCAUGUCUGGAACCCGGCUACACUGCCAACGUCGCCGGCAAUCUGGCCUGUGAGCCAUCGCGAGCUGAACGUGGAGGAGCGUGAACCUACGGCUGAGCGGCCGCGCAAGGCCCGGGAGUUCCACGACUUACCAGCGGACAAGCACCAGACAUUCUCCUCUUACUCGACUCCUCUCCUGGCGACACCUUCAGCUUGGGCCAACAAUUGGGCUCCUCGUCACGACACCCUCUCUCCUUUUCUCGGCGGCUACCGUCCCUCCGGCAUCCUCUCCCCGGUCCCCAGUACCCAGCAGUCCCAGCGGCUUAGCCCCGAUUGUUCCGCUGUUAGACUCCCAAGCCCUCCACCUCCACAGCAGUACCUUCCUCACAGACCCAAGCCCCAGCUGCUCGCGAUGACGGAACUCCAGCCCAUUCUCGACAGCCUUCCUCUCACCUCACUUCAGCGUCCCGUUCCCCCGCCCAGCCGAAAAGGUCUCUGGCACCAAAAGCCAGGCUGCGAAGCCGAACGAUGUAGCACCAACCCCCUCCAGUUCGGUUCGCUGAAGCACAAGAUGGUGGACACUCUCCCCAUCCGCCACCCCUUCGGGAUGCGAGCGGGCGACAUGCAGCGCGCCGUCGGGUACCGUAUGGAAAACGCCCAGGGCCCUCCCAUGAAGAUGCGCAAGUUGUGCCAUCCCAGUGAGCGCAUCCAGUUCGGCGGCAUCGCGCCCGUGAGAACCGUGCAGGAGCACCGACUGGUGCCGCUGGACACGCUGGACGCGCUGGACAUGCUGGGCCUGCUGGACCUAACCAUUGACCGUUGGGGGGCCGACGGGCCAUGUUCCGCUGGCGGCAUGCCGGAGCGCAAGGACAUUCCGCUCCGUCUCCAAGCCAGUUUGAAGCACAACGCAGCUUCGUUGGCCGCAGAGCAGACGGGCAGCCGUGGCAAGAAGCGCGGUGCAGAAGACGGGGGUGGGCCACGCAAGAGUCCCAGCUUGGCCGCCACGACCCAGCAACAUGGCAAGCCGUCCAGUUCCCAUGUCGACACAUUCCAGCGCACCAGCGUCCAUCUCUCCGACUACCGCACGCUGCGGGCUCCCACGCGGCCCCCGAUUCUGUUCCCCUGA